ACACACAUUCAACACACUGGUUACAUUACACUGUGGAAGCAGCACGAGAGCAGUGUGAAGUCAGUCCACGGCGGCAUCUCUCUCUCUGUCUCGCGCGCUCUCUCUCUCUGUCUCGCGCUCUCUCUGUUGUUUUUGUGACUGUUUUAUGACUUUUCCGUGUCUCCAUACUCUUCACGUGAAACCCUUCUCAGGAUGUUUCCUGUCGCGUGAACGCGACCUCACUGCGUCGCCGCUUCACUGAUAAAAACGCCGUGACUGCUGCUCAUCCAUCAGUCGCCUCUUCUUCACCUCCAGCAGUUUCCCCCUCUUCUUCCUCCUUCUUCACCUCCACCUCCAGGGACGACGCAGCUUCUUCAGAGUGGACCGCAGAGGACGACAUCCUUGUAUAGAUGCACUUUUUUGAGUCUUCUUGUUGUUGUUGUUGUUGUUGUUGUGACAGGACCACAGUAUCCGUCGUCACUUGUGUUGACUGACAAACCGGUGAUGAAAUUUUAACUCGUGUUUUCUUUUCUUUUUUUUGGGUCUCUUUUUUUAUUUUAUUUUUUUUACUCAUGACAUUGAGGCGAACACCGGACUUCCUGUGUCUCAUUUUGAGUGUUUUUUAGUUUGCUUUAAUCAACACGAGGGGAGGCGGACGGACAGACAGACAGACAGAUAGACAGACAGCAGCGACUCCUCUCCUGUUGCUUCACAUAAAAACGCACCGGCUGCGUGUUUGGCACGCCGCGUCCUCUCCGAGUGACUCACCGUCGACGCUUCGGCCGAACAGAGAGGACGUUUGUGGGGGAUUUUACCGGGACUUUUCCCCCCUCACGUGUGCCGCCGUCCUCGGUUUCUUUGAAGUAAAAAAAAAAAACAAACAUUAAUUAUUUGUAAAAAAAAUGCCACAGUUAUCAGGCGGCGGAGACCCGGAGCUGUGCGCCACGGACGAAAUGAUCCCGUUCAAAGACGAAGGAGACCCACAGAAGGAGCAAAUCUUCGCCGAGCUCAGCCACUCGGAGGAGGAAGGAGACCUCGCGGACAUCAAGUCUUCUCUGGUCAACGAGUCAGAGAGCAGCCCCAACAGCAACAGCCACGACGCAGCUAGACAGUCCCAAGUACCACAAGAUUCAUAUCAUGAAAAACACAGAGACCAUCAGGAAGACGGAAAACAUCAAGACAUGUACAGCAAAGGCCAUCCUUACCCAGCCUACCCAGGUUACAUCAUGAUGAGUAACAUGAACAAUGACUCCUACAUGAACAACGGCUCCCUCUCGCCCCCCAUGCCCAGAACGUCCAACAAAGUCCCCGUGGUGCAGCCGUCCCAUGCAGUUCACCCACUCACCCCGCUGAUCACGUACAGCGACGAGCACUUUGCUCCAGGAUCUCAUUCUGGCCUUCAUCCCCAGGACACGAGCAACAAACAAGGAAUGCCAAGGCAUCACCCUGGACCAGACAUGACCAACUUCUACUCCUUAUCUCCUGGAGGAGUCGGACAGAUCACACCACCGCUGGGAUGGUUCUCACACCACAUGGUCCCAGGCCCUCCAGGUCCCCACGCCACAGGGAUUCCCCACCCGGCCAUCGUCAACCCACAGGUCAAACAAGAGCCAACGCAUGACACAGACAUCAUGCACAUUUACUACAGGAAAUCUCAACAUGACCAGAGAAAGGAGCAGGAGCCCAAAAGACCGCACAUCAAGAAGCCACUAAACGCCUUCAUGCUCUACAUGAAAGAGAUGCGUGCAAACGUGGUCGCAGAGUGCACGCUGAAGGAGAGCGCCGCCAUCAAUCAGAUCCUGGGACGAAGGUGGCAUGCUUUAUCUCGGGAAGAGCAAGCUAAGUAUUAUGAGUUAGCCCGCAAGGAACGGCAGCUCCACAUGCAGCUCUACCCAGGCUGGUCCGCUCGAGACAACUAUAAGAAGAAGCGGAAGAGGGAGAAGAUGCAGGAGACGGCCACAGGUACAGGCCAGAGAAUGAAAACGGCGUACAUCUGAGGAAAUGGAGGAAAGCGGAACAAUUUCUCCACAUGCAAAGCGAAGGCAGCAGCGACAGGCCCUCUUCUAGAGAUGGAGGCCUGUUAGAUUCCAUGAAGACCCUUAAAUCUCCAACCUGAAGCCUCCAGUUCUCAGAGGACCCCCCCCCCAACCCACUGCACCCCACCCCACCCCGGCUAACCCCACACCCUUUCCUUCAUCCCAGUCACAUGCCACCACCAAGAACCCCUCACUGUUCUGACACUACUCCCUUCCUGAAGGCGCCUGCUGUGCUGAACAAGACAAUCACGAUUAGUAGGAGCACCCUCACGAAAACAAAACAAAAAAAAAACACGUUCUCGCACGGAAAACAUCACAUUUUGACGCCUGUGUUUUUGUCGUUUUCCUUUCACAAAUCAACUUUUAAUGCAAUCCAAGGCACUGCACUGAAAAACAGCAGCAUUUCUGGUGUGCACACAAACGUUUGUUUUCUCUCCCCUGCACUGCCCAAACUCUCCCGACACGUUUCUAAGUUAUUGUAACUUAUUCGUCAACGCCGUUGGUUUGUAUAGUUUAUUGGGCCAACCUUCACACCGUCACCGCCCGCUCCUCUUUCUCUCUCACUGGAUUUUUUUGAGACCAUUUGGGGUUUUACCCGAUUGACCAAACACCUCUUUUUAGACUGCACUACGGAAGACGGAGGAAUCUCAUCUCGUCUGCGAAACAUCCUGGAGACGGCAUUUUAGUUUGUUUGCUGACCAGUUGGUGCACAAAAGGAUCAACAAUUUAAGUCGCUUUUCAUUUUUAGACUGAAUCUUGUUUUGAAUGCUUUUUUUUUUUGUAUCUUGAACCUUGUUUCAGUUUCUUGGUGUAUAUUUUAGUGUUUUGUUUUUUUUAAUAUUGUUUUUUUAUAUAGUGGUAUAUAUGAAAAUAAGCUUUGGACACAGGAAAGCCAUUUUUCUUGUUGAAGCGUCUUGCAGAAAAUUGAAACUUAAGGCUUCUUUUGAUAACUAUUUGUAACAAAUAGUGACCUCGAGUCUUGCUCAGAUGUAAAAUAAUGCUCAGUAUGUGUACUUUUUAAAAACUGUCAGGAUAUGUCAAUUUUCUUGGUAUUUUUGCAGGCAACAUUAGGACAAAGGCAGGAGUGAUCGCUCAGAGGCCUAUAUUUUAUUGUUCUAAAACACAACAAAUGAAGCAGAUAUAUAUAUUUACCCCAGCACUUGGCAGUCUUUCUUUUAUUGCAAUGGACCUUUUGUCUUUUCUCUCUCUCUGGUAGCUAAUAGUGUGUCUUUAGCCAUGUUUAUUCCAUGCAAGCAUCUCUGUAACAUUUUGAUUUUAAUGCUCUCUUUUAGUAUUACUUGAUAAAUUCCUUUUUUUUUUUUAAUUAUCAUAUUCUGGGUCACUGUCAUCUUGGUUUAGCAUUUUGCUUUCCAAGUGGUCAUAUUUGAACUGUUUGGUUUUUUUGUUUUUGUUUUUUUUUUUAAAGAAAAAUAAAAAGGCACCAUUGGCUCAUGUGAUCACUUGUGU